AUGGCGGAUGGUCACCUGUUCAACAAUAUCUCUCUGGGGGGUGGGGGCACUAAUCCAGGGCAACUUAGGGUUCAUUCAGGGGGUAUACUGUGGAAGAAACUAGGAGGUGGUAAAGGGAUGGAAGUUGGUAAGUCUGAUGUAGUGAGCCUUACCUGGAUGAAAGUGCCCCGGACAAAUCAGCUUGGAGUCCGGAUAAAGGAUGGUCUGUACUACAAAUUCGCUGGUUUCCGUGAUCAGGUAGCUUUACUCUUACUUUAUUUCUCUCAAUAUAUACCCCCACCCCCAGCCCUGCACGGUGCUCCCUUUAAUGAUUUUGAUUUUAUCGAGAUAAGUAUUACUCUUGAAUGUGUUUAA